AUGUCGGAAGACUGUACCACAGGGAAGCGCAAGUUUGAAUCGGAAGAAGACCAGGAUUCUGCGAGAGGCGCUGAGAAGAAGCGGAAGACGGAACAAGAAUACGCGCCAGGGUCCAAGCCCUUGGACUCCAAGUUCAAAAACGGCGACUAUGUGGUUGGCUGGAUUUGUGCGAUAACUACCGAAUAUGUGGCCGCACAGGCAUUUCUUGACGAGAAGCACGAGGGACCUGAAUAUGUGUCUCCAAAUGAUGACAACAUCUACACUCUCGGAAGGAUUGGGAAGCACAAUGUCGUUAUUGCUGUUUUGCCAGAUGGAGAGCAUGGAACAAGUUCAGCAGCCAGAGUCGGCAGUGGUUUACAACAUACGUUUCCUAAUGUCCGUAUUGGAUUAUUAGUUGGAAUCGGUGGCGGCGCACCAGCAAAACAUGAUAUCCGCCUUGGCGAUAUCGUGGUCAGCGCUCCUCGUGAAGGUAAAGGCGGAAUCUUUCAAUACGACUUCGGUAAGACUAUCCAGAAUCAGACCUUCCAUACAACUGGGUUCUUGAACCAACCGCCAGUGCUGUUGCGAGCGGCUAUGAACGAUCUUAAGGCACGGUAUGAAAUUGACGGCCAUGACAUUGAAGAAACAGUCAAGACCAUCCUUGAUAAGAGACCGAGGCUUAAGAAGAGAUAUAGGAGACCUGAUCCAAGUAGCGAUAGGUUAUAUCGCUCCACGGUCAUUCAUCCACCAGGUGACGAAGCGACCUGCGCUCAAGUUUGCAGCCAUGAUUCAAAAGACUUGAUUACACGGAUAACCCGGCCAGAAGAUGAGAUGCUGGUAAUCCACUAUGUGUUGAUUACUUCAUCUAACCAGCUUCUGAAGGACGCCUCUAUCCGAGACAGACUCUAUUAG